GCUGGAAUUCGUCAUUGCUGAAGAUAGGUGCAGCGGAGAGGAAGACACGAGGACGAGAUGGAUGAUUUCAAAAAGAGAAAGCUAGAAGAGGCCGGUAACGGCGAUGCUUCUUCAAAGGAAGAGCUCCGCUUUCUCCUUGAUCCUCUGGCCAAACCCCAGCUCGUUGAUCUUCUUGCUAAACUAGGGUCCCAAUAUCCUUCAAUUGCAGAAGAAAUAAAAAGUAUUGCAAGUGCAGAUCCUGUCCAUCGAAAGCUUUUUGUUCGUGGCUUGGCUUGGAAUACCACUUCAGAAACCUUGUGUGCUGCAUUUCAAGAACAUGGAGAAAUUGAGGAAGGGGCUGUUAUCUAUGAUAAAGCAACAGGAAAAUCACGUGGUUAUGGUUUCAUCACUUACAAACAUAUGGAAUCAACUCAUCAUGCAUUAGGAGCACCAAGCAAGUUAAUUGAUGGAAGAUUGGCUGUCUGUAAUCUAGCUUGUGAGGGCCUAAGCGGGGCAAGUAAUGCCCCUGAUCUUUCCCUGAGGAAGCUGUAUAUUGGGAGCUUAUCACCAGAAGUCAGUAGUGAAACGUUGCUCAACUUUUUUGGGAGGCAUGGUGAAAUAGAGGAAGGCUCAGUUGCAUAUGACAAGGAUACAAAUGAAUCUCGUGGUUUUGGCUUUGUUACAUACAAGACUGCAGAAGCUGCAAAGAGGGCCAUUGAUGAUCCAGUAAAGACUCUUGGGGGGAGGAAUAUAAUUGUAAAAUAUGCGGAUUCCCACAAGGGUAAAACAGGUCAGCAGUCCUUGGUUCCAAUGACAGCCUUGCCUAUGGCUCCUGGUUAUGUGCAGAUGCAGCAUGUCAAAACACAUAUUAGCAGUCCUCAAGUUGGCUACAAUUACCCGCAGACCGUAGCAUCAUACACGGCACCUUAUCCAAGCCCCCCCACCGCACCUGCUCCUUAUCCUGCACAAGGGCAAGUUUCUUAUCCUCCUGUUUCUGGGAAGUCAACCCCGCCUGUGGGAAUGAACAACUACCCAUAUUACUAUCCUAAGCAAUAACUGGAUUCAACUAAACACGGUCAUCUCCUUGCCUCCUUCCCCAGUGGCACCAAUCAGAUCAUUACUUUUUAUGUUAUGCUCUGUUAUCUCUAUCCCUAAAAGUCUAUAAUUUUUAAACCCGGGCAUUUGGAUAUUGGCAAGAGUGACAAUGGAUGGUGGAGGUAAAUUUCAUGCGCAAACCGAAGUCAACCGGCGGUGUUCUGUAUACUUUUUUUUUUUUGAACUUGUAAUGGCACGUGUGAUGAUAAGUUAGAUUGCUAGAAAUUUUUUUCCUGAAUUUCUUAUAUGGAAAUUGUUCUCGUCGGCCUGCUGCUUGAUCCAUUUAUACUAGGGGCUUAGCCUUUUAGGGCUGUUUUGUAGUUUAA